CUGCAAAACUUUAAUGUAUUCUUGCUUUAUGGAGAGGACCAAUUCUGAAUGAGUUUCUCCGGUAGGCUGCUGCUCGGAGUUCUCUUCCUCCGAUUUUAUGGGUUAGCAUUUCCCUAUGCGAACCCAUUUCUUUUUCUGUCAUCGUUUCUUUCCUUCUUCUUUUCCUUCGCGAUUGGCCCACGCUGUGUUGGCCAGUUACCCGGCCCGUGCCUCUAGCGAACACCUUCGGCAAAUUUGGCACGUGCUGCUUUUUACUCUCACUCGCUUUCGACAGGUACGCACUUGUUAGUCAAUGAAGAACGCACGCUGUUCGUGUCCUAGGGACUAGUGCCGUCGAGAGCACCGUCUAUACUCAGUGGCUUCAUCGAAGCUAGUGCGUCCACUCUGCGUUUUGUGACAGCAAUUGUGUUACAUAGUGCCACUCAUUGUGUCAAACUGCGUGACAUAGAUUCCACUUUGAGCGCCGCUGGGCCCACGUUGUAGGACACGCUCGUUCUGAACAGCGAUCGUUGGUCUGCAGUGUCUCAUCGAAAGUGAAAGUGCACGUCAUACUGUCAAAACCAACGAGACUGCUUGAAGCUGAGAACAGAGAAAUGUCAUUGUUGUGUCUGCAGCGUAUGAAGAACUCGACCAUUAGCCCUAUAAGGACACCGUGGGUGCUUUUUUUGGUUUCAUUAUUGCUACUGUGGAACUUCUGGAACUUCCUGACGCCGCUACAUGAGAUAUCAGUGGUAGUCGGCUCACUAUGGGUUGCACUCAAGCUGUCCUACGCUGUGUCCCGAUUCAUCCCCAGGUGGGCCUUCGUAGCGGAAGUGCAAGGAGAUGGGAAAGCGGUACUCAUUACGGGAUGCGACACCGGCUUCGGCCACCGGCUAGCAAAGCGGCUAUCUCACAAAGACUUUUUGGUGUUCGCCGGUUGUCUCAACUCGAACGGCGACGGGGCCGAUGAGCUGAAACACCUGAAAAACAUCGUCGUCUUGCAAAUGGACGUCACGAAACAAGAACAAGUGGAUGAAGCCUUCGUCGCCGUUAAAGAAAAGUUGGGUGCCAGAGUACUCUGGUCGGUGGUGGCGAAUGCUGGAGUCGGAAGCAGCGGUCUUCUAGAGUGGACGACAAUGGAAACAGUAACCAAAAUGUUUGACGUCAACCUCUUCGGUGUCCUUCGUGUUAUCAAACGAUUCCUGCCACUCCUGAGGAAGAGUCAAGGCAGAGUUGUCACUGUAGCCAGUCCCCUGGGCCGCCUCACACUGCCCAUGGUAGCGCCGUACUGCAUGACGAAGAGCGCCGUCAUCUCCAUGAUGGAUGGCUUUCGACGGGAGUGUCGCGGCAAGGGUGUCGACUUUGUCACAGUGGAGCCUGCAGCCUACAAGACGCCCAUCACUUGGAUGUUUCUUGCAUCCAAGGAUCACGUGAUGCGGGAGCUCCGAAAGCAGGCUCCCGAGGUGAUUGGCGACUACAGCGAGGAGGAGAUCGACGACUGGCUUAAAGUGUCGGACAAGUGCUCCGGGCCGUUGAUUAGGACGGAGCCGGAAGAGUGCGUCGAUAUUCUCGAGAAAGCGAUCAGGGAGAUGCAGCCGAUGACUCACUACUGGUCCCCAUGGGGAAUUGACUUGCUCUACCUUUCGGUGAUGCUGUCCUUACCCAGUGACGUCUUUGACGCUGCCUCAGCAGUCAUCCGGAAAGUCCAUCUGAAGAUUAUGUAAAGGUUACUUCUAUCAAUGAACGCAUUUGAUUGAUUGA